AUGGCGACGAUACCCCUCGACAGAUCGAAACCGGAGAAUAACAUCGACCGACCGCCGCGCCGCGAAAGCUUCGAGAUAGCCAUCAUUUGUGCCUUGCCUCUCGAGUCCACUGCGGUUUCAUACGUUGUCGAUGAGUACUUCGAUGACCUCGACAACGGCGCACACCCGCACCAGAGAAUCGAUGGCGACCCGAACCAUUACACCACAGGGCGGAUUGAUAGACACAACGUGGUCAUUGUUCUGCUCCCGGGCAUGGGCAAAGCAUAUGCCGCCAGUGCUGCCGCCUACUUGAGAUCGAGUUACUGCAAUAUACGGCUGGCCCUCGUCGUGGGGAUCUGCGGCGGCGUACCCGGGCCGAACAAGGAUGGUGACGAGGUUCUACUCGGUGAUGUGGUCAUGUCCAAUUCCUUGGUCCAGCAUGAUCUUGGAAGACAGUACCCAGGCGGUGUCUUCCUACGCAAGAGCAACCUACAAGAUAAUCUCGGAAGACCGAACAAGAACAUUCGCUCCCUGCUGCGGAGUUUCGAGACUCAUCGCAGCCGAGACAAGCUCGAACGCCGCACUGCGCACCAUCUCCGAGAACUACAAGCAACCUACCAGAAGAAAUCGAAACGAAACCGAGGGAAAUACAUAUAUCCCGGCGCUGCUGCGGAUGAGCUCUUCAAGCCCACCUACCGUCAUAGGCACAGGUUCUCAACAUGCUGCACCGCAGAGCUUACGUGUAGCAAAGCUCUGGACCAGCCGUGUGACGAGAUUGGCUGUGAAGACAACCACUUGGUGGAUAGAGAAGGCAUUAAAGAUAAGCAAACCCUUGAAGAGGAGGAUCCAUCCAAGGCCCAAGAACCAACCAUCCACAUCGGCGCCGUAGCCUCGGGCGACACAGUAAUGAAAUCUGGCGAAGAUCGCGAUCGGAUCGCCAAAGAUGAUGACAUCCUGGCUUUCGAGAUGGAGGGCGCCGGUGUGUGGGAUGAUAUGCCAUGUAUUGUCAUCAAAGGUGUCUGCGACUACGCGGACAGCCACAAGCGCAAGCGGUGGCAGGAUUUUGCUGCAGCCACCGCUGCUUCUGCUACCAAGGCGCUUCUAGAGACGUUAGGAACAGUAGACAGUGAAGCCAGUCUAGUUUCUCGCCAACCCGAGCCCGCCCUCUUUGAAUUAUUCCGUCGACAAGCAUGCGCUCCACGCUUUUCCUCGAUCAACCAAUUGAAAUCCUUUCUAUACGACUUGCAAUGUCGACUUCCCACUGAUGUAAAGUUCCACUCGGUCGUAGUUAUUGAUGCCCGUGGCGGAUAUCUCCCGUUCCACAUAGAGACAGUCAACUGCAAGGAUGUAUGUUAA